AUGAGUAGUGACAUAUUAAAUGCAACGAUCGAUGGGGUUCUAAAUACGAAACUUCAUAUUCAAAACAUCCCUCCACAUAUUACUGAUUCCCAUUUAAGAUCAGCAUUAGGAAACGCGGGUCAGAUUAAAGAUAUAUGCUAUUUUAAUAAAAACAAAAAACAGAUAAAUAAUAAUUUUGGUAAUAAUAAAAAGAUAUAUAACACAGCUUUGAUCACAUUUAAUACUCAUGAAGAAGCAUUAAAUGUUUUGAAAAAUAUAAAAAAUUUAAUUGACACAAGUUCUGAGGAAAGAAGCAUUGAAGCUAAGUUUGCCGUCCCAAAUCUUAAUAACAAUAUGAUUAAUAAAAAUAAUAUGAACGGAAAUAUGUCUAACAGUAAUAAUAAUUUCCAAAACAAUUUUAACAACGAAAAUUUUGGUAAUAACAAUAUGAAUAACUUUAAUUUUUAUAAUAACAAUUCACAAAAUAGCUUUAUGAACAGAAAUGUAAGAAAUAAAAAUACAAAUAAUAUAAUGAAUAUAAACAAUAUGAAUACAACGCAAAUGAAUAAUAUGCCUAUGAUAAAUCAAAAUAAUUUUAUGGUUAACAAUAACUAUAAAAAUAACAAAAAUAUGAACGAUAUGUUAGGAGAUGAUAAUAUAACCCCCAAAAGUGCUAAUAGUAAUAUUAAUAAUAGUGGUAAUAAUAGCCCAAUGUUCAGACAACAUAAUAAUAAUAAUAAUGUAAAUAUGCAUCAAGGUAAUGAUAGUGCAUUAGAUGAAUAUAAUGACAAUACAGAAGGAUUGAGCUUAUGGGAAAUAUAUAAAGAUAAAAAUAAUAACACAUUUUAUUAUAACAAUUUAACAAAACAUAGUCAAUGGAAUAAGCCAAUACAUCCAAAUAAACUUUUUCAACAUAAUAAUAAUGAAAAAACAAAACAGAAUGGGCCCAGUGGAAGUAACUUAUUUAUUUUUCAUAUUCCUAGUGAAUGGACUGAUUUAGAUUUAUUUCAACAUUUUUGUUGUUUUGGAAAUAUAAUUUCUUCAAAAAUUCAAAGAGAUAGUACAGGGAGAAAUUCAGGAUUUGGUUUUGUUAGUUACGAUAAUGUUAUGAGUGCACACCAUGCAAUUCAAUUUAUGAAUGGCUAUUUUGUUAAUAACAAAUAUUUGAAAGUUCAACUCAAAAAAGGAGAGGACGCAAAGGAAGUACAGGAUUAA